AUGGGUCUUUACAUUAAUGCGGAGCAUACCGGCGUUGUUCACUCGCGCGGUAUCGCCAUGUUCCUCAAAACCUGGGGUUCCUUUAUUUUCUCCAUCACUUUUGGGUUCCUGAUAAGUGCUGGAAUCGGCACGGAAGAGGUGUCGGGUGGAAUGAUGAACCUGUUCUUCAUGAUGUUCGCCUUUGCUGGCGUGCUCGCCGAGCCUGAGGAGCUACCCAGCUUGUGGAUCUUCAUGCACCGGGUGAAUCCAUACACUUUCCAGGCUCUCGUCGCCGCUCCGCUGGCAGAUGCACCCAUAUCAUGUAUCGGAAGUGAGAUGGUGACGUUUGAGGCGCCCUCAGGAGAGUCUGCAACGCUCACUUGGAUACAUGAGGUAAAUCGGUAG